CUGUGGAAGACCCUGGACCCGCGGGAGGCGGCGGCCGCAGCCUGGGAUCCCCCAGGGACCCCCCGGAGCCGCCGCUUCCCCCAUGGAUUUGCCCGGGGACUCCAGCCCGCCUGGCCAGUCGCGUCUGUGCCGCCAGCCCCUGGCUCGAGCAUUAUGGGGAGCCGGGAGCCCAAAACGGCCGAGGCUGCAGCCCCGGGGGACCCCUUCGCCCCUAGAAAAGGCCUCUCGGCGGGUCCUGGCAGUGGUGCUGGAAGAUGUCAUGGCUGCCCACAUGGUCCCCCUGGAUCCCCAGAAGGAGACUGCCUUCCCACAGCACUGCAGCAAUCAUCAGGAUUCUGUCCACAGCCAGCCGCCUGCCUCACCGCCCAGACGGGCCAUGUGGUCCUCACAGGCCAGGCCUCCAGACCCACUGCAUUUGUGUCGAGAGCCUUUGAGCCGAAUCCACCGGUCCCCUUUCACCCUGAGGUGGCGGUCAAGGACAACCCCUGGCCCAGAGGAAGGCCCUUCACAAAAGGUGGACCAGGCCCCCCAACCUACCUUGGUGGUGAUGCUGGAAGACAUUGCCAGUUCCAGAUCUCCAGCUGCGGUAUGUGAGCUUAGGACAUCCUCUGUUUCUAUCCAGGGCUUCACCGAUGACAGCCCCAACUUCAUCGUCCCAGCACAAAGAGCUGAGUGCAUGAUGAUGGUUCACCAGCCAAUGCCUCCAGCCAGGGAUCUAGAACCCUCAUUCCAGCCAUCUAUCCUGCCCACAGACCCUCCAGAGAGCCCACUACCAGCCCCAGAUCCUGCUCUGGAGCCCCCAUCGACCCCACAGCCAUCCAGCCUUUUACGCCCCCGCCUCAGUCCCUGGGGUUUGGCCCCCCUCUUCCGCUCCGUCCGCUCCAAGCUGGAGAGCUUCGCCGACAUCUUCCUCACGCCCAACAAAGCCCCGCAGCCCCCACCCCCAUCGCCCCCCAUGAAGCUGGAGUUGAAGAUCGCCAUCUCAGAAGCUGAGCAGUCUGGGGCUGCUGAGGGCACCGAGUCUGUUAGUCCCCGGCCCCCUAUCCAUCAGUGGCGGGCUCAGGACCACAAUACCCCAGCACCUCUUCUUAAGCCCUCUCUGGGCAGAAGUCACUCCUGCCCUGAUCUGGGGCCUCCCAGCCCAGGUACCUGCACCUGGCCACCUGCUCCACCCCAACCAAGCCGGCCACGGCCACGGCGGCACACUGUGGGUGGUGGGGAAAUGGCCCGAGCCCCACCACCCCCUCGGCCCUGUCUCCGGAAAGAAGUCUUCCCUCUUGGAGGAGUGGGAGUCUCCCCUUCUCUCUCCACAUCUUGUUUGCCCACUGCAUCCACUUCCUCCUUCUCCGAACCAGCAGAAUCCAGGUUGGGUUCAUCCAAGGGGAAGGAGCCAAGAGUCUCAAAAGACAAGGUGCUUUCAGACCCUGAGACCAAGACCAUAGGAAAGGUUUCUCGAUUCAGAAUACGCAGGACCCCCAUCCGUCCUCAACUAAACCUUACGCCAAUGGGGCUGCCUCGACCAGUCAGGUUGAAUAAGAAGGAGUUUAGCUUGGAAGAAAUUUACACCAAUAAGAAUUACCAGUCACCCACGACCAGGAGGACCUUUGAGACCAUCUUUGAGGAACCCCGGGAGCGCAAUGGGACUCUCAUUUUCACCAGCUCAAGGAAGCUCCGGCGGGCUGUAGAAUUUCGGGACAGCAGUCUUCCUCGAUCUCGGCGUCCAUCCCGCGGGGUCCGGGCUGCAGCUGGCAGGACCCUUACUCCCAACCUGGCCCCCAGCCGGGAUGUGGGACCCCUGCUGCAGCAGCGGCUGGAGGAGCUAGAUGCCUUGCUCCUGGAGGAGGAAGAAAUGGAUGGGGAGUUGCGCCAUCGGACCUAGGAGUUUCAUCUGUUUGUCGGUCUAUCCGUCCUGGAGGGAGGGAAAACCUCCAAGGCAGUUUUAUUUUUUCUCUAUAUUUCUAGUAAAGUUUUGGAUAUGUUUCUGAUUC